CUCAGAGAUCUACCGCUUACUGGGCUGCUGUGGCCAUGGCUUCCAAAUGCCUCAAGGCCAGCUUCUCCUCUGGAUCCCUCAAGAGCCCAGGUAAAGCUGGAGGGGGCUCCACUCGAAUGACCACAAUGUACUCCAGCAGCUCUUGCAAGCUGCCAAGUCUUUCCCGGGGAGCCCGGAGUUUCUCUGUGUGUUCUGCUGGCCUGGGUAGAAACAAUUACAGGGUUUCCAGCUGCCUUCCAGCUCUCUGCCUCCCCACGGGAGGCUUUGCCACCAGCUAUGGCACCAGUGGAGGUUGGUUUGGGGAGGGCAUCCUCACUGGCAAUGAGAAGGAGACCAUGCAGGUCCUGAAUGACCGCCUGGCCAGCUAUCUGGAGAAGGUGCGGCAGCUGGAGAAGGAGAAUGCCAGCCUGGAGAGCCGCAUCCGAGAGUGGUGUGAGCAGCAGGUGCCCUAUAUGUGUCCCGACUACCAGUCUUACUUCCGGACCAUGGAGGAGCUCCAGAAGAAGACGCUUUGUAGCAAGGCAGAGAAUGCCAGGCUGGUGGUGCAGAUCGACAAUGCCAAGCUGGCUGCUGAUGACUUCAGGACCAAGUACGAGACGGAGGUUUCCCUGCGGCAGCUGGUAGAGGCGGACAUCAAUGGUCUGCGCAGGAUCCUGGAUGACCUGACUCUGUGCAAGGCUGACCUGGAAGCACAGGUGGAGUCUCUGAAGGAAGAAUUGCUCUGCCUCAAGAAGAAUCAUGAGGAGGAAGUGAACUCACUGCGCUGCCAGCUUGGCGAUCGGCUCAACGUUGAGGUGGAUGCUGCUCCACCUGUUGAUCUGAACCGUGUUCUGGAGGAGAUGAGGUGCCAGUAUGAGACCUUGGUGGAGAAUAACCGGAGGGAUGCAGAAGACUGGUAUGACACCCAGACCGAGGAGCUGAAUCAGCAGGUUGUGUCCAGCUCGGAGCAGUUGCAGUCCUGCCAGGCAGACAUCAUUGACUUGAGACGCACAGUCAACUCCCUAGAGAUUGAGCUGCAGGCCCAGCAGAGCAUGAGAGAUGCUUUGGACUCCACCCUGGUAGAGACAGAAGCCCGCUACAGCUCCCAGCUGGCCCAGAUGCAGUGCAUGAUCGGCAGCGUGGAGUCCCAGCUUGGUGAGAUCCGGGCUGACCUGGAACGUCAGAACCAGGAGUACCAGGUGCUGCUGGACGUCCGGGCCCGGCUGGAGUGUGAGAUCAACACGUACCGGGGCCUGCUGGAGAGUGAGGACAGCAAGCUUCCCUGCAACCCGUGUGCCCCUGACUACUCACCCUCCAAAUCAUGCCUCCCCUGCCUUCCAGCAGUCUCCUGCAGCUCCGGAGCAGCCCGUGCAACCAACAGCCCCCGCCCUGUCUGUGUUCCCUGCCCAGGGGGCAGGUUCUGAGAAGGACAGAUCCAGAGGGUCAAGGCCAUUGCCUUCUGGGUUCUGAAAUGGCCUCUAGCCAACUCUAACUCUUACAGCCCAGAUCUCUCCAUUCAUGCUGAACCCAGGCCCAGGCCCUGAGAGGGCUCCCUGCAUGCUUUAAUGUUUCUUAGACCCUGUCAACUGAGGCUGGUUGCCCUUCGGGACUUGACUCCUCAUCAUUUCAAUGGGCUCCAGGGUCUCUUUUCUGGACCUGUUCCUUGGCCAGUCUUUCUUUCUGAGUGUGUUUUCAUAGGUUCUGAAAUUCAAUACAGUGUACCCAGGGUGGGACAAUAAAGCCGUUUGCUCUGGCUCCCAGU